UCUCUCUCUCUGUGUGUUGAACUCUCUAACGAGCCUUACGUGUUUGUAGAUAUGCCUCUUCGAAAAUUGGUUUUCAUAUGAACUUAUUAUACCCUUUGCCGAAUUGUUUCUCAUAUCAACUUAGGUGGGUCUGACUUGUUUUUUUUUCCAACCCAGUCUGAGCUCUGCCAGUUAUGUUUCUUCGUCAAGUGGCCCUGGCAUUGCCUCUGUCAAGGAGGUUCUUAAGCAGUAAAAGCAGCCAUGAAUUUACUAGUGCAAUCGCGGAGCUCAAUAAGGAGAUGGAAUCUGUAUUUGGUGAACCUCCUUCAACUACUCUCGCCAGCUCUAGCAGCGACCAGUUUAAUUUUCAAGAUUCUCAAUCUGUAUCUCCAAAAGUAGCGGAUAAUGAAUUUAGCUUGACCCACAUCGGCGACGCUGGUGAAGUCCAAAUGGUGGAUAUCUCUUCAAAAGAAAUUAGCAAGAGAGUAGCCAUUGCCAGUUGUAAAGUUAUACUGGGCCAAAAAGUGUUUGAUUUGAUCUCAGCCAACCAGAUGGCAAAGGGGGAUGUUCUGAGUGUGGCAAAAAUUGCAGGAAUAAGUGGAGCAAAGCACACAAGCAACCUCAUCCCACUAUGCCACUACAUCAACUUGACUCACGUUCGUGUUGAUCUGAAAUUGAAUUCAAUGGAUUAUAGUCUUGAUAUAGAAGGGGAAGCUGCUUCAACCGGGAAAACUGGUGUGGAAAUGGAAGCAAUGACAGCGGUGACUGUUGCGGGUCUGACAGUAUAUGAUAUGUGCAAGGCUGCUUCAAAGGAUAUUCAGAUUACAGAUGUAAGGCUUGUACGCAAAACUGGAGGGAAAAGUGGGGAUUGGUCCAGAGAGAUGAUUAUGGAAUAGAGUGGGGUCGAAAUCCCAACUUGAAUGGCAGAAAGUUGAGAUUCACUUCUGAAGAGGGUAGGAACAACUUGAUUUUGGACUUGAUCCUUUGUGGGGAGAACGUAAUCAGGAAUGAAGUCAUCCGAAAGGCUCAAGAAAAAUACCGCAACACUAGAAGGAUAAUUUGAUACCACGGCGCCUUUGUGGCUUUUGUUGUAAACUUGAUUUCAAUCAUGUUGUAAACUUGAUGAAUGUGAGGUGCCUUUGUGGCUUUUGUUGUAAACUUGAUAUGGCAAAUACUGCCUUCAAUUUAGAUCAUUCUAUUGUUUGCUGCUAUUGUAAUGGUAACAGCUCGUUGUAAUGGUGAUCUAUUUUGGACA